AUGGGACAAGGCUCAACAUCUUCAAGUGAUGCCGGGACCUCUCCUCCAAGACGUAGGCGGAGACAUGAUACGUCAUCAUCUGCGGAGGAGAGGCCUCGCGCCCCAGAGACCGCUGGAGAGGAGGAAGCUGGUGGUGGAGCACAUGAAGCGGUCGCUCCUCCCGUUGGAUCCAACAGAGGUCGUCAAUCGAAAGCCAGAGGAAGUCGGGGAGCCCGCGGCGGUCGUGUUCGUGGUUCACGACGCUCCACCAGAACGGAUGAGGAGGAAUUUGGUAGUUGUAUAAUUGACAAUGAACUCCUCAUCCAGAUGGUGGAGGAUAGACCACCGCUCUGGGACCACACAGACCGCCGCCAUGCUGACCAUCAUGGUACCCGGCUCCUCUGGCUUGAGAUAUGCGAAGUCUUGGUGCCUAAUUGGGACGACCUCAAUGAGAGUCAACGGGAGGAGUGCCGGACUACAAUCCUGGUGCGGUGGCGGUCAAUGAGGGACCGCUAUAAGAAGGACUACAACGAGGAGGUCAAGCGCCCGAGUGGUUCAGGAGGAAGCCAAAAGCGGCCGUACCGUUAUGCGGCCGCAUUAGGUUUUCUUAGAAGAACCCUACAGCUGCGAAGCACAUCUAGCAGUACUCGGGCGCAACAAGCUCCUCGUGAAGUCCUUCCAGAGUCCGGAGCUCAAGAGGCGGUCCCCGAAGAGCCGCCCACCGCGGGUCCCUCACGUCCUACUCCAACAGCUGGUCGGGACCUCAAUGUUCCCCUACCUGUGCCCUCUGGCGACGCAACAAUGGCCACAAUGGCACCACUUUUUGAGGCAUUGAUGCGUCGCCAGAGGACCGGUAGGAGCCGUCAGGCGGACUACGAGGAUCUCACAAGGCUCGUUUACGAGUCCUUGAUGGGAUAUACCAAUAGGAUUGCCGCUUUGGAGGAACAAGUGCGACGUCUGCAGGAGGGGGCGGUGCAUACGUCGCAAUUGGGUCCUGUGCAUCACUAUUGGUAUUCGUUGCUCCCCAUGAUGGAACGAUUUACGCCCGACCAGUUGUUUGAGGCCCGAAGACAGAUGUUAUUGGAUGCACCCAAUAGCGACGCUUUCUACGCUGUCUGUCUCGAAGACGUCUUCUCCAGCGCGAAACCAGAAUUAGAGCCUGGAAUCCAAAACUAA